AUGGCAAAGAAUUUGUCUAGCUCCCCUUCUGGUAGCAGGAGAAUAAAUUUCCCCACGAAAUUCUUGUUCACUUACUUUACGGGUAACAGCCACCUGUCUGCGCUGGGUGUUGCUCUAAAGACCACAGCCGCUCUGUAUCGGCUUCAUGAAACUUCACCCUUGGAGACGGCGCCUAGCUAG